AUGUCAGCUGCUUUAGCGCUCGAGAAUACACCCGUGUCAUUGUGCCGCGAUGCUACAUACAUAUCCUCAGCUUCUCGAGGCGCCGUUUGCUUUGGCACUGGUAAAUCUCCGAUUGGCACGAGCUGCCCACUGAAGGGCGAUGUAGCCAUUGCAGAUUGCUAUGAGUACUUACCGUCAUGGAAUGGUAGCGCAUGCGUCACACCGGAAGACGCCAAAUGUGCUAAUGUCAAUGGUGUUGCCUGGGGUUGUGUACUGCCGUCGGUUGGUUGCGGAUCAAGUACUCCAUGCCCGAUAUUCUCCUUACCCGACACAUCUUACUCGAUCCCUGACACCCCAUCCGUAAAGUCUACAGAUUUUCCAUGUCCGGGUAUUUCGAUUGCAAGUACUCUAUCCCCAAUUUCGUCGCCUCCGUACAUCAACACACUUACAUCAACACCUUGCCCAGCGCUUCCAGUGCCCCACUUAGCGACGACCAUUCUUUCGGAUGCAAGAGCAGCGUCGAUGAUCGCUCUAGCUGAACCUUCCUCUUUCCAGCCUACGGCACAGCAUGCGGAGGCAAUAACUCCAGCUUCGACUCCGUGCACUAUUCCCGCGGAUUCAAUGCCGAAUGUCUUUCCAGCAGCUACGACGUCUGCCGUAAUUAACUGA